AUGUCAAGCACCAUUUCAUCACCCAGGGACGACGCCUGGAUGGGGCUCGCCCUUGAGGAGCUGCUGGAUGCUAGACGUCCCGCCAUAUCACCGAUUCGGCCCAAUACGGGUGGACACCACCCCGCCACGACCACGGCCAACCGAGGCCGCCCACACGCCUGCCGACCAGGGCAAGCAGCCACUCGCGGAUCAGGGGCCGCCGCCUUUGGUCCCGCUACGCACAACCCGGGCUCCAUCGACCCAAGCCACCCAAGGGCAAGCCCCAGGAGGGAAGCCACCGCCACGGGAGGCACCACACACCAGCCGGCUGUCCACGACGCCUACCACACCCACAACCCAGCCAGCGACUCAGGCCACCCAAAAGCAGGCUACAGGAGGGAAGCCAUCACCACGGGCAGCACCUCGGGCAGUCGGCUCAUCGACGCGCCCACACACCGGUCGGGUGUCCACGACGCCUACCGGCAAUCAGGGGCAGCCACCACGGGAAGCACCACGAGCAGCCGGCCCAUCGACGCGCCCGCACACCGGCCGGGUCGCCACGACAACUACCGGACACGAAACCCCAUCACUUCGGCACGCUCACGCACCGGCCCGACUCCAACAACGCCUGGGACACGCGCAGUCCAGACCAUGGCACCGCUGGUCCCGUCAGGGGCUUCAGCGGCACCAGAUCCAGACGGCGAGGUGGAAGCGGCGCUACGAGAGUGCCUAGGCGACCUUCCACCCGACGUGCUGGAGGAGAUGGCCCACGGGGCAGAGGGUUUGGACCUGGAGGACCUUUUCGGGGAGUCUCCCGACGAGGACGGAGUAGAGCUCCCAAUGCGCCCCGCCUCCGACCAAUCCGUCGACGAGCCACGGACACCGUCACCACAGUUCCUUCCGGACUACGAGGUGAUCUCCACGGAUGAGAUCAUCCAGAUCUCCGACGACGCCGAGCCAAGUUUUAGACCGCCGAGCACCCCGCCGCCGGCGUAUGAAGACAUUUUCGGGCCGGGUCCAUACGCCACCCGCUGCCCGAUAACCACCUGCGCGGCCUCGUCACCGAGCCAGUCACCGCCGACCACGUCACGCGGAUACCACGCCGCCGUCGCCCCACGCCAGGUGGAUGGACCAUCGACAAGCCAACACUUUGACUUGACGACCGACGAGAGGCCAGCCGUGGCCGUACCAAGCCGCCCCCCGCUACCAACACCCGGCGAAUACGCCGAUGCAGUGGCUUGA